UGGCUGAGAGUUACAGUUCUGUACUUUGAACGAAAGUGACAUUUCCUUAUAGUGAUAGUAAGGAGCACCUCUUAACGCUUUACUCCUGUCACCGUCUCAUCUCAAAGGAAGAUGGCUGAGUCUCACAGCGCCGGAGACACGGUGGACGCCUUAAAAUUUUUAUCAAAGAGGUCGAAUGAGGCGCCCAAAGACAGCCCUAAGACUGCUGAGGAAAUGGACUCUAAGCCCGUCAGAGGCGGCAGUAAAGCAGAGAGCUCCGACCCGUACCGCUACAAGAUGGACUACCCCUCCCUCGGAAUCUGUCUGAUUAUCAACAAUAAGAACUUCCACCAAAGCACACACAUGAGUCCUCGUAAUGGGACCGAUGUGGACGCUGCUACCGCCAUGAAGACCUUCACUGAUCUGGGUUAUGACAUUAGAUUCCACAACGAUCUGACCAUGAACCAGAUGAGAGAACAGAUGUUGAACAUAUCCAAGGAGGACCACAGCCGAAGUGCAUCAUUUGUAUGCGUGCUGCUGAGUCACGGAGAUGAGGGGGUGAUCUAUGGAACUGACGGCGCAGAGAAGUUUGAAAACCUGACCAAACACUUUAAAGGAGAUCGCUGCAAGAGUCUGGUGGGGAAACCGAAACUCUUCUUCGUACAGGCGUGCCGUGGGUCACAACUGGACGACGGCGCCCUCGUCGAGACCGACAGCAUCGUGGAUGAGCAGACAUCAGAGAGGAUUCCUGUGGAGGCAGAUUUCCUCUACGCUUACUCCACCGCUCCAGGCUACUACUCGUGGAGAAACGUGUCCAACGGUUCCUGGUUCAUGCAGGCGCUGUGUGCGAUGUUGCAGCGUUACAGCAAACAGCUCGAGCUGAUGCAGAUCAUGACCCGAGUCAACCGCAAUGUGGCGCAACAGUUUGAGUCCUCCUCGGACCUUCCCGGAUUUAGCGGCAAGAAGCAGAUCCCCUGUAUCGUCUCAAUGUUGACCAAAGACUUCUACUUUCCCGUCUAGAUUAAGAUUAAGUGUUCACCUACAAGAAACCACCUGCCAGUAGGAAACGUCAUCCAUUUCAUAUUGAUCUGUUUCUGCUGAUUUCUUCUCUCUUUGUCCAAAACGCUAAAGUCUUGCGAUGUGUUGUGUAGUUUGUGUGAAACAAGAUAGCAUUCAUUACAAGGACUGUUAUACAAGGGGUACAAGGAGAAUCUAAAUGCAUUAUAGACAUGGAGCAGGCCUGUGUGAUUUAUAUUGAUAUUUUUUUUCUAAUAGGUUUUUAGUGUUGGGAAUUUUUAGGAAAACCUUUUUAGCUGUUUUAAGUCUAUUGUUGAUCAUUAAAUAUACUAAAGGGUGUUUUUAUUUCCUGGGAUCUUCCAAUAUGCCUUUUUCAGACACUUAAACAGUAGCAGAAAUGUGAACCUUACUACAUGUGGAGUGGCUACAUAAACAUCGUACUGUAUAUUUAUUUAUAUAGAAAACAGUUAAUUUACCACAUACUUGUCUGAUUUGUAACUGUUUUUAAUGCAAUGAUUGCAUGAAUAUAAAUAAUAAAUACAUCAGUGUGAUUGUGUAGAUCUAA